CGCGCGGGGCGGAGCUUGGCGAAGACAGGGAAGGGGUAGCCGCGGCUCCGGCUCUUCGAGUCAGCGGCUCCCUCGGGCGCUGCUACGCGGACGUGGAGUCCGCAGGGCGGGUGGCCGCGGAUCCCGGGUGGCACGCUCAACUACGGGCAGAGGCGACAUGAGUGCUGCGGGGCUGUUAGCUCCAGCUUCGGCCCCGGCUGGAGCGCCGCCGGCUCCGGAGUACUACCCCGAGGAGGACGAAGAGCUGGAGAGCGCCGAGGACGACGAGCGCAGCUGCCGGGGCCGCGAGUCGGACGAAGGUGCUGUGGAAGGCGAAGCCCUGAGGACGUUGUAUCCUACAGUUAUGCGGAGAAGGGCCUUAAGAAGCUGUUGUCGGAGCUACACUGAGGAUGCUAGCGAAACUGACCUGGCAAAGCAUGAUGAAGAAGACUAUGUAGAAAUGAAGGAACAGAUGUAUCAGGAUAAACUGGCUUCUCUCAAGAGACAGUUGCAACAACUGCAAGAAGGUACAUUACAGGAAUAUCAGAAGAGGAUGAAAAAACUAGAUCAGCAGUACAAAGAGAGGAUACGAAAUGCAGAACUCUUCCUCCAGCUGGAAACUGAACAAGUGGAAAGAAAUUACAUCAAAGAAAAGAAGGCGGCAGUGAAAGAAUUUGAAGACAAGAAGGUUGAGCUGAAAGAGAACCUGAUUGCCGAGCUAGAAGAAAAGAAGAAAAUGAUUGAAAAUGAAAAGCUAACGAUGGAACUGACUGGAGAUUCUAUGGAAGUGAAACCCAUCAUGACCAGAAAGUUGCGGAGGCGACCAAAUGAUCCUGUCCCCAUCCCAGACAAGAGGCGAAAACCUGCUCCUGCCCAGCUAAACUAUUUGUUAACAGAUGAACAGAUCAUGGAGGAUCUGAGAACAUUAAAUAAGCUGAAGUCACCCAAGAGACCAGCAUCCCCGUCCUCUCCCGAACACGUGCCCGCCACACCUGCAGAGUCUCCAGCCCAGAGGUUUGAAGCUCGGAUAGAAGAUGGCAAACUGUACUAUGAUAAAAGAUGGUACCACAAGAGCCAGGCCAUCUAUCUGGAGUCAAAGGACAACCAGAAAUUGAGUUGUGUGAUCAGCUCUGUCGGAGCCAAUGAGAUCUGGGUGAGGAAGACAAGUGACAGCACCAAGAUGAGGAUUUACUUGGGCCAGCUUCAGCGCGGGCUCUUCGUGAUCCGCCGGAGGUCAGCGGCUUGACUUUCUCCAGUGUUGUUCUUCCCUUGACCCCUUUUCUGGAAUGGUUUUUGGUUUUGUUUUGCUCUUAAUAGAAAGUUUUUAACUUGG